AUGAUUCAGAGAAAGGUUUGCAGUGAGUUGGGUAUCCAAGCUGAUAAUUUCAAAUCUGACAAUGGCACAGCAAACCUGAAGUUAGCUUAUUCUAAGCACCAAGAUGGUGAGGGCAGAGGAACCUAUGGGAUGAAGAAAAUGAAAAAGUCGAGUUUAAUUAAGCUUUCGGAUAUGGAGGCUCUUCAAUCACCACCUCCAAGGAGGAGUUUAUCUCAAUCAAAAAAGAUGUUACCCCUUCAUGUUCCAACCACUGCAGUAACAGCACAAAAGCAUAAGCCCUUGCUGAGAAAGUCACCCAAUUACAUGAAUCCUACAAGCAGUUCAGAUGCAAAAAAGAAGCUUUUACCAGUGAGUCUUCAGAAUAAUCAAUUUGGUUCAGAUGGUAAGAAUCUACCACAAAAAAGUUUGAGCAAGUCAAAAUCUAGUUCUGCUCCUAACAAAAAAACUGCAAAAAUUAUGUCAAGAUCAUCUAGUGUGAAUUUGGUGAGAACAUUAACAAAGACUCUUAGUUUUAAGUCGAGUAGAAUUUAUCCGAGAAAAUCUACAGCAAUACUGCUGCGUGCAGAUAUUAAUGCACCAUACAGAGCUACCUGCUCUUCAACUUUGAAAGAUUCCACGUUCCCUGAACACCUCAUGCUUAAUACUGGAGGCAGUGAGUCAGAGGGAGCUUUGAUCAUGAAGGUUUGCCCAUAUACAUACUGCUCUUUCAAUGGAAAUCACCAUCUUCCAGAAAAGAGGCACUUUUUGAAGACUGGGAAAAGUAUAAAGCUGGAAAGUUCUGAAAAAUUGAAGGUGCCUUGUGAGACAAGGAAAGACUUUGAUGGAAAACCAGCAUGUGAAGAAGCUGAUAGGGGUAAUCCAACAAGCAUUACCUUAAUACGAGAAAUUGGUAUAGAUUUCUCUAUUCAAGUCAAUGACAAGGAAAGGGAAAAAGCAUACAAAAUGGGAAGAUCUGACACUGUCAAACACCUUGAGGAUCAAGAAGGUAUCAAGUUUGCACCGCAGGGGAAUGGCGACAUAGCAGAAGAGAAAGGUGUUUAUCUGGUAACUCCUUUUGUGCCUUGUGAUCUCACCAAGUCUGAAAUCAAUUACAAGGUGAAAUUCAAAAACUACUUUCUCGCUUCUGAAAUUGAAGCAGAAACCAAGGAAAGUUUUCACCAAAAACUAAACGCAGAAGAUGCAGACAAAAACCACCCGCCUAGCUGGUUUCAUGAAGGAAUGUGUACUGGAAGCUACAGCCAUGAGGAACAGUUUUGUCCAGUCAACCAUAAAGAGUCGGAUUUCGGUUCUUCUGUCAUCACUCAGGAGACUGACUCAAAAUUCAAGUCCCUAUCAGAGGAUUCACAUGAUAUAUUUGAAAUGUUGCUAGAUGACAUCCUUAGCAACCAUUACGCAGAUAACAUGGUUGAAAAAGCAAUGCAAGGUAAAGAAGAGAAAAGCACAUCUUUUGAUGCACAACCUCAUGAUACAAAUUUUGUCCAAGAAACCUCAAGUGAACGCAUACAGGCUGAUUAUCUGUCCAAAGGCACUGAUCAUGAGUAUGACCCGCCGUAUUUGGAAGAGGAAGAAUUUCAGUUUCCGACAAACAUAGAAGAUAAUGUUCGAGAAAUUGAAAAGCAUGUAGAUAACAGGACCAGUUGUGCCUCGAUGGUACUUGAUGAAGAUUCAGUUCAAAAUAGUGAAGCUCACAGGAUCAGUGAAACUCACAAGGUUGAAGAGAGUCAUGAAGACAGCAACACACGCCUAGAGAAUAAUGAUAAAGAAAUUAGCCAAAGGAACCAAAUUCUCUCAUUUGAUGUGCCUGAAGAAAGCGCCAUUAUUGUUCAGGACCACGAAUUGCUGGAGGAAGAUCAAGUUACAGCUACUAAGUUCCAGACGAUAUGCUGCAAAGGUGGUGAAGGGCGGAACACAAGCAAUAAUUGGCAAUGGCUAGCUAAGAACAAGAGAACUAUUCAAGAUGUCGAGGAAAUGAGAAAGAUCAACCCAAGAAAGCCAAAUUUCCUGUCCUUGAUUCCUGAUCCAGAACCAGAAAAGGUUGAACUGAGGCACCAAAUGAUAGACGAUAGAAAAAAUGCAGAGGAAUGGAUGCUUGAUUUUUCACUCAGACAAGCUGUUACAAAACUUGCUCCUGUCAGGAAAAAGAAGGUUGCAUUGCUUGUUGAAGCUUUUGAAACAGUAAUGUCAACAUCGAAAUGAGAAACUCAUAUAAGAAACAAUUCAACCAUAGCUCAUGCAAGACCUAUUCAAGCUUGAAGCUAAUGCAUGCUACUGAGAUUAAAAAAAAGGCCUGACCUUAUACUUUUCGGGAAGUGCUAUCUUGCCCCGGUAGCAGAGGAGUAAGCAACGCAAGAGAAAGCCAAUUUCUAUGAGCAAUA